UAUAAGAACACAACCUUUUUCUCGUACACGAAAACCCUAGCUUUCUCGUGGCAGCUCUUCCACCAGCUUCCAUCUUCUCUUCUAGGGUUUCGCCGGCGGCGGCGCAGAGUCGAAGACCACACAGGAAGAAAUGGCGAGAAUCAAGGUUCAUGAGUUGAGGCAGAAAUCGAAGUCGGAUCUGUUGUUGCAGCUUAAGGAUCUUAAGGCGGAGCUUUCUCUCCUUCGAGUCGCCAAAGUCACCGGCGGUGCUCCGAACAAGCUAUCCAAAAUCAAGGUGGUGAGAUUGUCGAUCGCUCAAGUUUUGACAGUAAUUUCUCAGAAGCAGAAGGCGGCAUUAAGGGAAGCUUACAAGAAGAAGAAGCUUUUGCCUCUCGAUCUCCGCCCAAAGAAGACCAGGGCCAUUCGUAGAAGGCUCACCAAGCACCAGGAUUCUUUGAAAACUGAGAGACAGAAGAAGAAAGAAAUGUACUUUCCAUUGAGGAAAUACGCUAUUAAGGUGUAGUAGUAGUAUUCAGUAGUCCAUAUUUUUAUGUGCAACAGCAGACCAAUUUUGUUGACAAGUUUUGUCUCAUGUUCUACUCUCGAGGUUUUUCUUCUUAAACCGAGGUGUCUUAUUUUCAUUGACAAUUAUAUAUUUUUGACAGUUUAGCGUUUUUCUUGUUUUGAA